CAGUAGAGAGCCAGUCUGACUGUUUCUCCGUUUCUCUGUGGAAGAGAGUGAGACUGAAAGGAGUUGUGUGUUUUUCGGGCUGUGUUUUUUAUUGAUCUGCUGCAGUCAUGUCGGAAAGAAAGGUCUUAAAUAAAUACUACCCCCCAGAUUUCGAUCCAUCUAAAAUCCCCAAGCUCAAACUGCCCAAAGACCGGCAGUAUGUGGUCCGAUUGAUGGCUCCAUUCAACAUGAGGUGUAAGACGUGUGGAGAGUACAUUUACAAAGGGAAGAAGUUCAAUGCAAGAAAAGAGACAGUACAGAAUGAGCUGUAUAUGGGGCUGCCCAUCUUUCGCUUCUAUAUUAAAUGCACAAGAUGUUUGGCAGAAAUCACAUUUAAGACAGACCCAGAGAACACAGACUACGCUAUGGAGCACGGUGCCACAAGAAACUUUCAGGCUGAGAAGCUGAUUGAGGAGGAAGAAAAGAAAAUCCAAAGGGAACGAGAAGAGGAGGAGCUAAAUAACCCCAUGAAGGUUCUAGAGAACCGUACACGGGAUUCAAAAAUGGAGAUGGAAGUCCUGGAGAACCUACAGGAGCUGAAGGAGCUGAACCAGCGGCAGGCUCAGGUGGACUUUGAGUCCAUGCUGGAAGAGUACAAGGAGCUGGAGAAGAGACAGAAGGAGAAGGAGCAGGAGGAGGAUGAGAGAGAGACCAAAGAAAUGCUGGAUAGAGCUUUAGUGAAGAGGUUGAGGGACUCUGACUCGGACUCGGACUCAGAUCAGGAGGAAAAGAAUAGAAAAGAGCAGCAGAAUAAAAACGCUGCUCUGAAACCCACAGAUAUCCUGACUACAAAGGAAGGAGCAGACAUAAAGGGCUCCUCCACCGGGGUGAAACGCCAGAAAGUUGAGAGCUGGGAGAGGAGUGUUGGAGGUUUGGGAGGAAAAAGUGCACUGGGAUCACUUGUAGUAAGGAAGAAGCCUGCAGCCACCACAGCUACAGUACAGCAGCCGACAGCUGUAGGCCAGACAGCUUCUUCUAAAACUGCAGAGACCUCUGCUACAGCCACUGCCGGCAGCAGCCAACCAGUGGUGGUCCAGAACGGUUCCUCUCUCAGCCUGCUGGGGGCAUACUCGGACAGCGAUGACAGCAACUCUGACUGAGCUUCUAGUGCAUUAGUGCUGAUGAAGACUAUUUUUACUGUUAAAAUUCGCAUAAUACAGAAAAAAAAAUCUUUCCCCCUAUUUUAAGGUGGAGAGUUUUGUUGGGUAGAUAUUUUAUUUGGACAUAAUUUUUAAUAAUAUUCUAGUUGAUGGAUUUAUAAUUGAAGUAAAGACAUUUCCUCAGUCAUGUUUAUCAUAUUUCUUGGUUUUAAAUAAGAAGUUUUUUCAUGAUGCCAUUUUAUUUACUAAAAUAUCUCACACACAUCUCCCUCACACAGAUAUGAUUACUCUUUCUUUUUAUGGUUUGUCAUACAGCUCACACACAUGCCCUAUCUUUUGUUUGAUAUGUUAUUUUUACUACUUUUGUUCCUCCAAACUCGAUUGAUAAUCCUUUCAUAGUAGUGCAAAAGUCUCUAAUCCACCCUGAUUUAUAUAUUGAGCUUAUCUGACCUUAUCGGUUAGGAGGGUGGUGUCACCCAAGCACAGCAGAUGGCUAUUUUCAAACUAGCCUGAGUUUGUUUUUCCUGAGAAAUCAAGACAAAUCCUGGACCACUUCUAGUUAAAACACUUAAAACACGCCCUCUUCACUAAAACCUCCUCUUAAUAUGGGACUUCAGUAGUGUACAUGUAAAUGUAAUGGGAGGCUGAUAUAUUUUAACAUUUAUAAAAACUAAAGUAAAAUCAAAUUGAUGAAUAUAUUAGUCACUGGAAUAGUAUUUUAAAGUGUUAAUAUAUUCCCAAGUAAUUAAAAUGGCUGGUAAAAAAUAAACAUCAUUAGAAUACA